UUUUCAAGUUAACCACUCGCAGGUGUCAAAUUAAGUUUACCAAUAAGUUUGUAUGUCGCCAUGAAGGCCAUAAUUCAGAGGGUGACACAGGCAAGUGUUACAGUCGAUGGAAUUGUUGUAAGCAGUAUAGGCAAGGGACUCUGUGUGUUGGUUGGCAUUGGCCGCAAAGACGCUCCAAAAGAUGCUGACUGGCUGUGUUGCAAGGAAGAUCUUGAGCCUGCGUUUGUUUGAUGCUGAGAAUGGCAAGAAGUGGGACAAGAGUGUGGUGGACAAAGAAUAUGAAGUUCUCUGUGUCAGCCAGUUCACCCUACACCGUAUACUGAAGGGAAACAAACUAGACUUCCAUGAUGCCAUGGGGCCAGACCUGGCGCCACAGUUCUAUGAAAACUUCUUACAGCUCAUGAAACAAAACUACGCGGAGGAUAAAAUUAAAAAUGGUGUGUUUGGAGCGGAUAUGCAGGUCCAUAUCCAGAAUGACGGCCCAGUCACUAUUCCAUUAGAAUCUCCUGAAAACCUUCCCGAGCCAAAAGUCCGAAAACCACAGGGAGGCAAAAAUGCCAAUCAAAACCAGUCUAGUAGCAGUCUGUCUAAAGAAGGACAAAAACAGUCAAGUGCAAGUUUAUCAGAUUCUGUUGAAACGGCCACAGAAAAUGCAGCUUCCGGAGAUAGUUGAUGACAUUUUUCUUGCGUAUAUAUCAGAUCUUAUAUAUUCCAUUUAGUUGUACAUGACUGUGUUGGUUUGAUUUUACUUCUGAUAACUUUGCUCUUAAUAACAAGAGAAAACUAUGCAAAUUCUUGUUUGUCAAUUAUAAAAGCCAGUGCCAGUUUUCAUAAAGCAUUUCUAAACUUGUCUUUUUCCUAAUUUAAGUACCGGUAUCUCUGAGGUCAUAUAUGAUAUGAAAAAAAUAAUUUCUGAAAUACAUUAUUUUCAUUGACGUACAUGUAUGAAGAUAUGUAUGUGUUAAGAACACUUAAAUUGUUAAAUACAAUUCUUUAAUUUGACCUUAUAAAGCUGCACUCUCACAGAUUGACCGUUUGACAACUUCUUUAUUUUUUGUCUUGUAAUGAGCCAAUUUUUGCCUUAAUGUCUGGAAAACAGUGGUACAAGACUGCUUACAAAAGAUCAUAUCACAUUUUUUUAUAUUUACGUUUGAAGAAUGAUAUUUUAUGGCUAAAAGCGGCACUAAUUACGCUUUAAGAAAAAUCAAAUUUGACAGUUACCCAAACAAUUCAUAUCUGUUCUAUUGUGUGUCAUCUUAUAUGACUUAAUUGAAGGCAUUGAUGCCAAAAUGAGCUGAUUUUGAGACAAAACCUUAAAAACGGUCAAAACUGUCAAUCUGUGAGAGUGCAGCCUUAAAAUAAAAAAAAAUGACUUAGGAAUGGUUUAUGAAGAAGGCCUCGUAGCUAUAAGCUUGUAUGUGUGUCUUGUCCCUGGCAACAUGUUUAAUUGGUGAUUUUUAUUUGAAUAUCAUGAAUGGUCAACAUUGUAUUAAAAGCAUUUGAAAGUGAUAAAAGAAAUUUUAUUUCAUUUAUUGAAACAAUAUUUAACAAUAUAGUUUUCAACAGUUCAUGUUAUACACUGUCAAUACACAAGAAAGGAAAGCUUUAUUGAAUUGACCAACUGAAUAUUGCAUCAUCACUCUGACAAGUACCGGUAACACAUUCAAAAUUGCAACAAAAGUGACUUAUUCUACUUUUAUGUUUGACAUUGAAAAAAAAACUCAUUAAAAUGUGAAGAAAAAUAAAUGCAUGUUUAAAUGACCAAAAUUAUAUUUUUUUCCAAUUCGAGCUCUGUUGUUAAUAUCUGUUUAAAAGUAUGACAGAUAAUACUGUAUAUUGUCAAAAAGCAUUUGAAAUAACACAAUAAUUGGUUUUAAAUAAGCAUUGAUUUACAAAAUUCUGCUCAAAUGAGAACUUGUCAGAGGGCUGUGUCAAUAAAGAAGGGCCGGCUCAAAGCUGCUCUAUGACAGAUGGAUUCAGGUAGAAUCAGGCCCCAAUUUUUCGAAACUUCUUAAGUCCCUUAAAACAGGAUAAGGCUAAGCUCGCUAUUUUGUUUUUCUAUUAUAUGUGUCACAUUUACUUCUUUUUAUACGUUAUGUAGUAAAUAUUUUUAUGAUAAUCACAAUAAACCAUUUUUCAUUUAUCGCAAUCAACUUAUAAGUAUGUAAUUUGGCUCAUUAAAAUAAGCAACUUAAGCCUGUUAAGCUUAAGAAGUUUUGAGAAAUUGGGGCCAGAUCUCGAGAGUUUCAUAUUUAUGUUCGAAAAUUGAUGUUUUAUGCCAUAAGCCUACCCGGUACAUUGUGUUUCAUUUUCAUCGAUAUACAUGCAACUACAUGUAUUUGACAUUAUUCUAUAGGUUCUUGUGAUACAAUGGAAAGAGAUCGUAGUUGUUUAUGUAUAGAAAAUAUAACAUUUGAAAUCAUUCAAAACUCAUCUACUAACAUCGCUUUAUUGGAUUUGUUGGGUGAAAUAAACUUGCUAAUCCAAGAUG